AUGACUUUUGUCGACACGCUGCGAGAAUUUCAUGCUUUAUGCUGCGAUGAUGACAUAAAGCGUGCUCUGGACGUUCGAGUAUUUUUGGACUUGGAACGCGAUAAACGUGUUACAAAAUUGUCGAAAUAUUACGAUUCGGAUUUGAAUUUGGUAUAUUUGCAAGGCGAAGGUGUCAAUGCAGUUAACACUUUUGUUCGUGUUUUGUCCAGCCAACCACUAAAUUUCGUUGAAGUAGAAAGUAUUCAAAAGAAAUAAAGCGCUGCGAUUACUGUUGCUAUUUGCGGCACAUCAACGAACAUUCUUUACUACGAAGUAACGUCAGGCAGGGUCGACAAAAAAUUAUGA